GCCCCGGACGCGGCGACGCCGGCGCCCGCGUGUCUCGUGACCGCGCGCCCCACCCGGAGCUUCGCCGUCAUGCAGUCCCCGGCGGUGCUCGUCACCUCCAGGCGAGUUCAGAAUGUCCACACAGGCCUGGACCUGACCGUGCCCCAGCACCAGGAGGUGCGGGGCAAGAUGAUGUCAGGGCAUGUGGAGUACCAGAUCCUGGUGGUAACCCGGCUGGCUGCAUUCAAGUCGGCCAAACACAGGCCUGAGGAUGUCGUCCAGUUCUUGGUCUCCAGAAAGUACAGUGAUAUCGAGGAGUUCUACCAGAAACUCAGCAGUCGCUAUCCAGCGGCCAGCCUUCCCCCGUUCCCCAGGAAGGUGCUGUUUGUUGGGGAGUGUGACAUCCGGGAGAGGAGAGCCAUGUUCGAUGAGAUCCUGCGCUGCGUCUCGAAGGAUGCUGAGUUGGCAGGCAGCCCUGAGCUGCUAGAAUUCUUAGGUACCAGAUCCCCCGGGGCUGCGGAUCUCAGCAGCAGAGAUUUCUCUGUCCUGGACACAGACAGCCAAGGGGGGGACGACGGGGAUGCUUUCGACUUCUUCCAGCAGCAGGACCAAGUGGAGGGUGAGGGUCUCCCCACGCUGGACCAGAAGGGCCAGGAUGCAGGGAAGUCCUCAGAGGAGGAGGUGGAGGAGGCCCUGGACCCUCUGGGCAUCAUGCGCUCCAAGAAGCCCAAGAAACGCCCGGAGGAAGUGGCCGUGAAGCCCAAACCCUCGCCCUGUCUCUCCAUCUUUGAUGAGGAGGUGGACCCCGACGAGGGGCUCUUUGGCCCGGGCAGGAAGCCCUCUCCCCGGAGCCCUGCAGAGGACGCACCCCCCAGGGACUGCAGCCGAGGACAGGCUAGGACUUCUUCUGACCCCUCUGCAGCCCUGAAGCUGUUUGACGAUCCUGACCUCGGCGGAGCCGUCCCCCUGGGUGACCCCUUACUGCUGCCAGCUGCCCACGGGAGUGGAGGACCCCCGUCCCGCCCAGGCUGCAGGGAGGCCUCCGAGGAGCUGUUCAGGAAGAGUUACGUGGUGCUGGACAUGCGAUCCCGGGAGGCUGUCACCAGCCCCCCUCGUUAGCAACCGCGGGCUGUUAGCCUUCCGAGUGCCCGCCGAGCCUGAGUCACGGCGACGGCUCCUUGUCGUUACAUCUCCCCACGGCCCCUGGCAGCUGUUCACGCUCAUCCUGUGUCCUCACCGCUGACAUCCAGGCAGCAGUACUCCCUGGGAGAAGCUGGGACUGUUGUUAUGUGCUUUCGGGGUGACACUGAGGCCCAGGGAAGCAGGUCAGCCCCGGGGAGCCUCUGCCGUUUCCAGGACUCAGCAUGUCCUAGCGGGGCAGAACCAGUGGGACCUUUGGACAUUGUUUAUAUUAAAUCCAUUACACUGGCACUUUCCAGCCCGUGUUCUAUGGAACGCCGGUCUGGGGGGUUUGAAAGGUGUUACCUUCAAAGGCUUUCUGUGGCCAGAUGGCCGGGUUAAGCAGGACUUCCCAAGCCUUUAGUGUGUGGGCACGCGUGGCUCAAGGGCGAUGCUACGCAGCAUUUCACGUUCCGGUUGGCCCCUGGGACCCUUUCCUUUGUAAGGCCUCCUACAUCCCACGGGGCUCUCUGGGAGCCACUGCCUUGGAGAACGUGAGUCCUGCGACCCUGCCUUUGCUCUACCAGACAUCUGGUAGAAUUACCCUCUUGAGAGCAGGAGCCAUAUUUUAUUUUUCUUUGUAUGUGUCCUGGGACUAUCCAGGCGGUAAUCGGGCUUCCUUAUGAUAAACUUCCUAAUAUUCAUCCAUCCAUCAGUGCUUUCAUCAUCCCUUUAUUCCAUCACUGGCAUCUGCCAUCCGCCAUCCUGAGGCAGCAUGGAGGGGCCCUUGAGCCGGGUAUGGAGUCUGAGAAGCCCCCAUUCCCUCUUGCUCUGGGGCCCCAGUUUUGGUCUUUAGUCAAGUUCUGCAGGGACCUGGGGGAGAGGAGUGGACCUGGGAUCUUCAGACCUCGCUCCAGCCCCUCGGCGGUUGACCUUACACCUGCAGGGCCUGCAAGAGAGGGGAGCUGGACCUUGUGUCAGUGGGACCUGUUUUUACCCAUGACUCAGGGAGCCCAGUUGGAAAUAGGGUGCUUGGCAAGAGAUGCUGUGUGGCCACCUGUAUCCCGGGUGUGACUGCCCCACACUCCUCCUCAGAGCAAAUCCAGCUCCUGAUUCGCUCCAAAGAGUCAUCGCUUUGCCAAGCAGUAUAAAUCCUGAACUCCGACACAAGCUUUUAGCUGCUGCUUUAUUUCCCUAAGGGCCCCUGUUGGAGGAUAAUU